UUAAAAUUUAGUUUGAAUAAAUGAGUCGAUUGUCUGUUUCUGAUUUCGAAAUAAUAAAAAAAUUAGGAUAGGGUUCUUUUUCAGCUGUAUAUAAAGUGAAAAGAAAAUCAGAUGGUUAAGAAUAUGCAAUGAAAAAAGUUGAAUUAUCAGGGUUAUCAAUAAAGGAACUAAAUAAUGCUUUGAAUGAAGUUAGGAUUUUAGCAAGUCUUGAAAAUCCUUAUAUAAUUGGAUAUAGAGAAGCGUUUAUAAAAGGAGACAUUUUAUUUAUAGUAUUGGAAUAUGCAGGAGGAGGAGAUUUAUAAUAAAAAUUGGAGUAUAUAAGAAAAAAAGGAUAAGGGUUUUAUUUAGAUGAGGAAUUGAUAUGGAAUUAUAUAUAUGAGAUGCUUUAAGGUUUGAAUGAAUUGCAUAGGAAAGGAAUAUAUCAUCGAGAUAUUAAAUGUGCAAAUAUAUUUUUGAGUUAAGAUCAUAAACAUAUUAAAUUGGGUGAUUUAAAUGUUGCUAAAGUUGUAAAAGCAAAUUAGUUUGCAAAUACAUAUGCUGGAACUCCUUAUUAUGCAAGUCCUGAAGUAUGGAUGGAUUAACCUUAUGAUUAGAAAUGUGAUAUCUGGUCAUUAGGAUGUGUAAUAUAUGAAAUGGCAUAAUUGUAACCACCAUUUCUGGCAAAUGAUUUAUUUUAGUUGUAGAUAAAAAUAGCUAAAGGAUAAUAUGAAUAGUUAAAUUCAAGAUAUAGUAUAGAGUUAAAUGAAUUCAUCACAAAAUGUUUAUAGAUUUCUUCAAAAUAAAGGGGAUCUUGUGAAGAAUUAUUAAAGAUAGCUCAAGUAAGAAAUAGAUAAAACUUAAUUUCUUAAUGUUCAGUUUCGAAUAGUAAUGUAAAAUUACUUGAAACUAUUUGUCUAUCUAAAAACUAUAAAGAAAUUCGAUUGCCUAGACCUAGAUAUUAAACAGAAAUGAAUGAUUCAAGUGUAGUUAUUUGUAAAAUCAAUACUUCUCGUGGAUAUAGAGCUAUUUCAAAUAAUAGAUCAGAUGAAUCUAAUAGUCCAGCUAGUAGAAAAUUCAAAAUUAAAAAUAAACUAUCAAAUCAUAAGAAUUCUAUUGAAAGAAAUAAUUCUUAAAAUAAUUAAUAUUCAAAAGAGAAUAUAAGAAACAUUAAUAAUCUUUAUCAAUUAUAACCUAAUAAUCAUUAACAUUAUCCAAGUGCUCAAGAAUAUCAUUGUAACAAUAUUAAUAGAUAAAUUACACCAAAAUUAAGAAAAUAAUUAUCUUCUCCUUUGAAUUAGAAAUCUCCAUUAAAAUCAGAUAUUCAGUAAGACAUAUAAUUACCAAAAUUAUAAAAAAAAUAAUUGAUAUUCUAAACUAAAGAUAACUUAAAAAAUAUCAGAAAAUUAUUAUGA